AUGGCUUUCCUACCAUCAUUCAUUUUAUCUGAUGAAUCCAGAGAACGUAUCUCCAAGGUUUUGGAUUUAACGCAGACUGUCGCUCGUUACGGAUGGUUGCCGUUCAUUUUAUACAUGGGUUGGUCCCACGCAUCUAACUCUCCAAACCUGCUAAAUCUGCUAUCUCCUUUGCCAAGUGUUUGA